CCUUUGCUACGGCGCACAAACAAUGUUCCUCGAGUCCCCCGUAUUCUUUUGUCCCUAAUGCAAGUUUCGCGCUGAGAACAUCUUUGGACUCGAAGUACUUGAAAACGAUGCGGCUCAUGCGUUCAUCCACAUAUCAAUCGCCACUAUGGAGCCUCAUCCUUAUAAUGCUAUUUUUGGACGCGGCUCGACUCCGUUCAUCUGCCAGCUUUGAAUCGACGGACGCUCGCCGUCUCAAACGAAAACUGAUGAUUGCGAAUAAUAAUUUCGCACUCAACAUCAUGCGCCUGUUACCAGCAAACAAAAACAUCGUUUUGUCACCAUUCUGUUUGUCUACAGCUCUCGGUAUGCUCUAUGUCGGUGCUGGUCCUAGCACAGCACGUAAAAUGGCUGCAGCGCUUCAAUACGUUUCUACGAAUCUUCAGGAAGAAGACGUUGCCAAAGGAUUCGAAUACUUAAUCGAUGAUGUUAAGUUCACUGACCCUGGCUAUACUAUGGUUGGGAGCGAAGCGGUUUUCCUUGAAGCGCAUGAGGUUAACCCAGAUUAUGUUGCGGUAGUGUCUCGCCAGUUUCGUGGCCAUGCGGAAGUAGUCAAUUUCACUUCUCAGCCCACUGAGGCGAAAAAUGCCGUAAACAUCUGGGUGCGAAACUCUACGAAGGGUCUAGUCUCGUCUUUCCUACGGCGCCCAAUUGUGCAAAACAACACGCGGCUUGUUUCCGUAUCAGUUGUCUAUUUCCGUGGCUUUUGGAGCGACGCGUUUCAGCCGAGUAACACAUACAGGGGCCAAUUCCUCAACUUUGGCGUAACAGCUAAAAAUGUUUCAGUCAUGCACAAGACAGAGGCCAAUGCAACGCUUAUUGAUCUAAAGCGGUUGAAUGCUACAAUGCUGAAGCUCAGCUACGGUAGAAACGCCACUAUGCUCCUUGUUCUGCCGAAGGAUUCCGAGUCAUUAGACCGAUUAGAAUCCCAGAUUUCACCGACGGAUCUCUUCAAUGGGUUUAAGAACGCAACAUUUGCCACAGUCGAUAUCCAUCUUCCUAAAUUCGAGAUAGAGGCGUCGUACAACAUGCAGGAGGCCCUUUUAAAAUCAGGGAUGAUUGAGGCUUUCUCUCAGUUUGAUGCAGAUUUCUCGAGAAUCUCUGAAAUUGAUGGACCCGAAAUGACAAUUUCAAAGGUAUUGCAUAAAGUUAAGUUUCGAAUGGAUGAAGAUGGAUUGGCUGUGAAGACGGCCACUGGAACUGGCAACGAUCUUCUAUACAACUUAAAUGGAAGCGGCAGUACAAAUUCGGAGAUUCCGUUAAAAUUCCGUGUAUUGCAUCCUUUUCUAUUCUAUGUCGUCCACGCGCCAACGAACGUGAUCGUGUUUUCUGGAAGAAUAGUGCGGUUUUAGUCAACUACUAAGCAAUCCAUUGUUUAACAAGCUUUAGCUUGUUAAAAAUAAGCCUAAAAAUAAGUAGAACGUGAACAGUGCAGGAGCGAACAUAUUUACCCUUUCUAAGCUUGCAAGACAUCCAUAAUUCUGAUAAAGGUUGGAUACUCAAGCAACGGAAUAGUCCAAAAUAGAGUACAAUCCAUGUGUAACGAUAUAAACUGCUUAAUGAAACUAAGAUUGAUUCAUAGACGGACGUUUUUAAAAAACCCAUAUUAUGAUAUUUAUGGAUGUUUCAUAUUUUCAUUUGUCACGGAUUCCUUGGGAAGACUCAUUAUUUAAUGUUUACCGCUCGUAAGGGUCGUGCAGAAAAGAAAUAGCGGAUAACUGUUGGCUCCCUUACUAUAUUGUCUAUUGCUUGAACGGACAACGUAGACAAGUAAAACCCAAGGCGCAAGCUAGGCGCGUAUGUGAUGCAAGAUUCCGAGACGAGCUGAGGCAGACAUGCGAGAUCUGUACUAAUGAGAAACACAUGGACUCAAUUUUAGCAAUUUGUACUUGAGCUUGCUUCAUCGGGCAUUCCCAUGCGCUUUAUAUGGUUUAAUAGUUUCGAAAGCCAUUAAUACAAACGUAAUAUACAGCCUUACGCAAAGUAAUAACAUAUUCCUGAGCACGAUUUUUGCUAAAUAAAAAGACCUUAAAUAGAUCACAUUCAAAAGUAUAAAAUAUAAAUCCCAUUGUUGAUAUUACAUUAGGUAUAUUAUUAGGCGCGUACACAUCAGGUAUAUUAUUCCUACGGUACAUGUAAGUUUUAUCGAAAUCAUCUGAUAAGAGUGACUGAUAAUCAUACAAUGCGAACGCGCCGUUCAGCAUUGCGGUAGUCAACCCGAGCUGCCGCCAAUGGUGUCCAAAUAAUAAUACCCUUUGUAUUGGGUCCGGAUAUUGCCAGAGGAACUACUUACUAUUUUAAGUUUGAACUUUUAUCGUAACCUCUAGUUACAACCAUGCGAUUUUCUAUAUGAAUAUGUGACAAUUCUAGCUGUGUGUUAAAUAAGUUCGACAUUUACAUGCAAUUAAAGUUGGAAUUUUCGGAAUCAUGCACAUUGUAUGUGAUUUGAUUGUGGGAAAUACUGUUAUACGCUUUAAUGAUACUUCUGGGGUUUUAUACAUAUGUUUACAAAUUAUUGCACUUAAAAUGCCGGAAAAAUUUCAAGCACAUUUACGUAGUGAAAAUAUCUUCUUUACAUUGUGUUCUGACUCAGUGGCGAACAGCUGUAAUUUCUGGGGGGCUGAUAAAGUUUAAUUUAAAGAUGUGUAAAAAUGUUGAUUUAUAAAAAAAGGUUGUGUUUCUUUUAAGGCGACAGUUUUUUUAACGAUUGCUCAAUAUUAAUAGACAGCUUAAACAGAUGUAAUAUAACUCUAAUUGGACGUGAAUAUUAAACGCAUCGUGAAAGAAGUAUUAAAGUUUAAACGGGAUUAUACCUGAAAACUCUUUAAUUUUUCAGACCUUGCAGAGUCCGCAAAAAUUUGAUUUUCGUAAAAAGCAUUUCAUACGACGUUAUUGUAAAGGCAGCACAUUGGCUUGGGCGUAAAAUCGGCUAACAAGCAAAGUUAAAUCAUAAAUUUAUUAGGUAUGUAAAUAAAUUAUUGGCCUGAAC